AUCGAAGCUAAACUUAUCUAUGACUUUAAGAUUUUGUUCGCUCUCUCAACACGUUUUUGUGUGUGUUUCAGUGUUUGCGAAGGCAAUCCAUUGUUUAUCCAAGAUUGGUAAUGAGCUGUAUCUGGAGGCUCUGUCAGAAGGGCUUGCGCUAAGGACAGUCAGCUCAUCUCGCUCAGCAUAUGCUUGCUUUCUCUUCAAUGAGAGCUUUUUUAUUAGUUAUGAUGAUGGAUCAGAUGAAUCGGCAGGGGAUUCAGAGGAAGAGGAUUUAUUAAGAUGCAAGAUUGCCAUGAAGUCAUGCCUGUCAGCUUUUAAAUCCAUGAACACAAUUGAGAAAACAGUGGAUCAGUGCAAAAUAGAUCUGAAUGUCAGGGAGGCUAGGCUGGUUUUUCUGUUCUACUGCAGACAUGGCAUUACAAAGACUUACAACUUGACAUUUCUAGAGUGUGAAACCUUGCAAGCUGUGUUUGCAAAAGACUUGUGUCCAAAUUUUAUGACAACUCAAGCCAAAAUUCUCAAUGAUGCAGUGGUUAACUUUCCAAACAACCAAGAAGAAAUAACUCUUGUUGUCAGUCCUGAGACCUUAAAAGUCAAGAACUAUGUGGAUGAUGAGCCUGAACCAAAUCGAGUCAUUCACACAGAAAUGAUGCUAGCUCCAGAAGAGUUUGAUAACUAUCAAAUUGGAGUUGAUACAGAGGUUACAUUUUGUCUCAAGGAGCUAAGGGCUAUUUUAACAUUUGCUGAGUUCUCAAGUCAACCAAUAAAUAUGCAUUUUGAAACCAGUGGAAGACCCAUAGUGUUCAGUAUGGAUGGAGACUCAACUUAUGAAGCUGACUUUGUGCUGGCAACUUUAAUUGAUCACCAGUCUUCCACCCAGUCAUCUCAAGCAUCUGUCACAGCAGCACCCAGCACAUCUGCUAAAAAAGUUCCAAAAGACAGGAAUGUCAAAUGCUCUACAAAGACAGAUCCAACAACAAACCCUGACCAAGUUAAACAGAAAGUGGGUGCCAGUUCACAUAUCAAGACUGCACAGAACUCCCAGACUAACAAUCAUUACAAUGACACCGAACAAAAUGACUCCAUGUUUGAUGAAGAAAAUAAUGAUGGUGAUAUGGACAUGACAGAGGUUGAUAAAGUCUUGCUCAAAGAGAAAACUCCAGGGCCAUCUCAAAAUAGUGAAGGGAAAACUAAUAAUAAGAAAAGUCAGAGCAAUUCUGGGAAUACUGCAGAGGAGACAAGCCAAAGAGGUAAAGAUGCCAAUAAAUCAGUUCUGGAUGAAUUCUUUAGUGACUCAUUUCCUUAUCAAGAUGUGUUUACAGCGAGGAAGAAAGAUCUUUCAGUCAUCCCUGAGGCUAGUCAGGAAAGUGCAAACACUUCUGUGCGUGGCAGUGCCCAACCCAUACAAACACCGCCUAGUACGGUCACAGAUGUAUCAUUUAUGAAGAAUUUGGACAUGCCUUCCCUGGGUGACAGUUGCAUCAGCCUUGACGAGAACUCGUUAAAUCAAACUGGACCAAAGAAGACAAAGAGACGUCCAGUGGAACCUGAUAACAGCUCGAUGGAUGUAGAUGCUGAUGAAGAUUAUGAUUUUGUUCCGGGGACCCCACCCCACAAAAAGUUUAAAUCCAUGUUUUUCGCCGCUUCUAAACAGCAAGGUGUGUCACAAGAUGAAGUACUUGCAGCAGAUAGUGAUGAAGACUAAAAAUUUGCCAUCCAAGCAUUGUCGAUGCCAUGGAGGUACUUACUAGUCUCUUAAAGAAAGGAAAAUAUUGCAUUACUCGGCUAAAGAGACUGAAACAUCUCUCAGCCAUAUCGAAAGCAUAUCAAAAGGAAAGCUUGUUACAAGAUCUGCAGUAAUACGAGGAUAACAUAAACUAUUCGCUCUCUUGCGAGACCGGUCAUGAAUUUUAAGCAAUUUAAGGGCUGUACUACUGAACGCUUUUUUAUGACAGCUUGAUGCAACUACGUUACCAACCAAAAUUUGACGUAUUUCUUGUCAGUUUUACAAAGAAUUUAAUCGUGAAAACAAGUCCUAUAAAAUAUUCACAGUUUUCACUUGAAUGCCUAUUACUAUAGAGCUGAAUUUAACAAUUAAAAGAAUACAUAUUGUAUACUCAUUUCUUGAAGUAUUUAUGGCCCCUCUUGAUUUAUCACUCCUUCCCAUUUCAAUGAUGAAAGUCUCCGAGAUGAAUUAUUUUUAAUAAAUAUCUACCUGAUGUUA